AUGUCCCGUUCCAGCUCCACCGGCGGCGUCAUGCGCUCGCUCCGUCAUCUCAACCCUCCCACAAAAGGCUCCAAAUUCGCCGUCAGAGCUCCCUCUCAUGCCGCACAUCAGCCCAAAUUCGUUCAGCCCAAAGAUCGCGUUCCCUUCUGGAACAUCGUCCCUGGCGACCAUGUCAAGCUUAGAUGUGGUAGAGUCGGUCAGAACCUAGGUCUCGACUCGACCGAAAAAGUCCGCGGCGAGGGUAUCGUCGUCAGCAUCGACAGGGAGAAGAACUGGCUCUGGCUCAGGGAUGUCGAUGAAAACAAUAAGCUUGCUCCCAAGGCAAUCCGACACAUUGUACCUCGUUACGUCGACCCUCUCCAACCAGAGAAGGGCUACGGUCCCAACACGACAGAGAUCCCCCGCCCCAUCCACUAUUCCAACGUCAUGCUCAAAAUCCCAGGCACCGAUCAAUUCGCCGUCAGGCUCUCCCGUUCCGCCGCCAAAUACGACAAACGAAAGGGAAUGUACGUCUGGAAACGCUUUGCCACCCUCAGGGCGUCCGACGAAAAGUUUCAAGAGACUGGCAAGCCUUUUGAAAAAGUCGAGGUCCCUUGGCCCACCUUGCCGGGCAAGCGCAGGCACAUGGACACUACCAUGAGCGAUCGCAACAUCGUCGAGUCCGAGUCCUGGGCUCCAUGGAGACCCGAAGACCCCGUCUUGCUCCCUGAACGAAAGGGCAUCACCUCACCACAGUCCGAACGUCGAGCCGCGCUCCUUACCCUCGAGCGCAUGCAGCUCGACGCCGCCAAGUUCGAGCAGGCAGGCCCCUCGGCCGCUCCUCUCAACGCUCACGGUACCUAUCCUGGCUUCAAGCAAGAAGCUCGUGCCAAGCCACCUCCCAUCGCUCAGCCUCCUACACCCGCAGAGACCAUCCGCCUUCGCACCGACGCCGCGUCAGAAUGGGCCAGCGGCGAAGCCAUCGAAGCUCAUCGACAAGAGGGCGGUCUCUCGUUCCUCUGGCGCGACUACCUCGACGUCGCCCCCCGACAAGGCCCAGCCAGUGGCGGCGAUUGGAGCCAACUCCCUCCUGGUGCAUCUCAAGGUGGUCUCGGCGCACGCAGAAAUCCACACGACGGCCGUCUUACUCGCAAGGUCAGCAGCAGCGACGUCGAUCGCAUGCCCAUCGAGCUGCUAAUGUCGCGCGACCUCACCAACGAGCGUGGUCUCAAGUGGAGAAUGAGGAGGUGGAAGCAAAAGCAGGCCGAACAGCAACAGGAAGCCAUCGACAUGCACCGCUCAAGGUCCGAAUUGCUCAAGGAACUCGACGCUCUCAAAAUUUAA